CGCACUCUUUUUUUUUUUUUUUGGGUUUGGUUUCAGCUUUUUCCACCUUUUGAUAACUGCCACAUGAAAGACCAAACCAAUACAUUGUCCUUUCUCUGUUUCCCAACGCCAUCAGUGUCUCUCUCUCUUGUCUCCAUCUUCAGACAAGAUAAUCUCAAGAUUUUCUCCCCAUCUUCCAUUAAAAGAACUCAAAAAGAAGGAAGGAAGCUUCAUAGUUCCAUUACCUCUCUCUCUCUCUCUCUCUCUCUCUUUCUCUCUCUGCAUGUUUGUGAAACACCAAACAAGAAUGUGUCUCCUUCGUCAUCUGCUCUUGCCCAUUUGUCUUCUUGGCUUCUCCUUCUUCUCCGUUGUUUUGGUCUCUGCUACUCCCCAAGAAAUCCCUAUCUCUCAAGCUUCUCCUAGAACCGGAGGAGCUCAAUCCCCAGGACCUCCCAUUGUUAAAGUGGUGAUUCGCCAAGACCUGAACAAGAAGAUUCUAAUCGCUCUUAUAGUCUCAUCAACACUCCUCUGUUUCACAGUCUUGCUGCUUCUCUACCUCUUGCUAUGGAGGUACAGAAGUAUGAAUAACAGCUUCAAUGGUAUCAAGGGAAAAUCUGAUUCUGUGAAGACUAGUAGUGUAUCCACAAAACCGACUGUACACAAGGUUGAGUCUGUCACCAAAGGAACCAUCCCUGUCUAUGAAUACCAGCUGCUGGAGUCUGGAACAAACAAGUUCAGCGAUGGUAAUGUGUUGAGCAGAGGUGGUCGUGGAUGUCUUUAUAGCGCUUGUCUUGAUGGAAAGUCUUAUGUCACCGUGAAGAAGCUUGAUGGUGGUGGAGAGACCGACAUUGAAAAACAGUUUGAGAAUGAGGUAGAUUGGUUGGCUAAGAUCAAGCAUCAGAACAUAGUCUCCCUUUUGGGGUUUAGCGUGUACCGCCAAACGAGAUGCAUUGUGUAUGAGAUGAUGCAGAAUGGUUCUUUGGAGAGUCAGCUGCAUGGGCCUAGUCAAGGUGCAGGUUUAACUUGGCAGCUUAGGAUGAAAAUUGCGGUUGAUAUUGCACGAGGAUUAGAGUAUCUUCAUGAGCAUUGCCAUCCUCCGGUAGUUCACAGAGAUUUGAAAUCGUCUAACAUCCUUCUUGACUCUGAUUUCAACGCAAAGAUAUCAGAUUUUGGGUAUGCCACAGUGUUGAUGACUCAGAACAAAAAUCUGAACAGACCUUCAGAGUAUCUUCUUGAUGGCAAAGUAACAGACAAGAAUGAUGUAUACUCAUUUGGGGUGAUUCUCCUACAACUUCUCCUAGGGAAGAGAUCAGUGGAGAAACCAUCAACUGAACCAGAAUCUGUUGUCACUUGGGCUGUACCAAAGCUGAGUGACAGAGCAAAUCUUCCAAACAUAUUGGACCCUGCAAUCAAAGGAACAAUGGAUUUGAAGCAUCUUUAUCAGGUAGCAGCGGUGGCAGUGUUGUGUGUGCAGCCAGAGCCAAGUUACAGACCGCUAAUAACCGAUGUGUUGCACUCACUCAUCCCUCUUCUACCACUAGAACUCGGCGGAUCAUUGCGAAUUUUAUGAAACCCCACAUUUUCAUUUCCUUAUUUGUAAUCUUUUUACAUUUUGAAAAAUUGAAUCUUUGUUGGUUCUUUCGUUGUGCAAAUUCCACUUUUAUCUGUUUUAUUUUUAAUCGUUGGUCAAGUACAA